UUUUAAGAAAUGAUUUAUUUCCAGCAUCUGUUGAUUCGCACCGUUUGUUUUGAUCUGAAUCUCAUUUUAAUUUUGCACAUUUUGUUUCCGUAAUGCCGAAUUAGGACAUUAAAACGUUCCGCGAUGGAAGUGAGCGUUACUGUCGCCUCUAGGGUGAGGCCUCCUCCGAGUGAUGGUCUGUUGCCGGACGAUCACAUCAACAUCACGACAGGGCCUUACCCUGAUGUCAUCACCGUCAACAACGUCAGGUCCUUCCAGUUUGACUAUGUCAUUCCUAUGGAACACUCGCAGCACCAGAUGUUCCAGCAAACAGUCGAGCCGCUCAUUCAAUACGUCCUUGAAGGGUACGACGUUACGAUGAUUGCCUACGGCCAAGUAGAUUCAGGAAAAAGUUACACGGUGCUUGGACCUGGAAUGCAUUGCGCUUUGAGUGAGACUGAAUAUGGAAUGCUUCCGAGGACUACCAGAGAAAUUUUCAGCAGAAUGAAGAAUUUUCCAAAUAGGAAGAUCAAGAUCUAUGUGUCAUUUGUGGAGAUUUACCAAGAAGUAUUAAGAGAUUUGCUCAACCCUGAAUCCACUAACUUACAUGUCCAAGAAGAUCCCUGCAUGGGAGUAAAAGUUGAAGGAACUGAGUACUUGGAGUGCCAAAACACUGGUGAGGUUUUGAGUUGUAUGAUGACAGGGUUAGGCAACAAGCACCCCGAUGAUAAUUCGCACACAAUCUUCACCCUUGUCAUCGACCAACUUAUUCCAUCAAGCGACGAUUCAAUUCUGCAGAAGGUGUCCCAGGUUAUGUUUGUUGACCUGGCUGGCCAGGAAAGGCUGUGCUCGGAAGGAAGUGUCCGGUUAGACACCAGCCUUGCUGCUUUCAACAACCUCGUUCACUCCCUGGCCACUCAAAAGAACUAUGAAUAUCUUCCAUACAGGGAAUCUAAGCUCACACAUUUAUUAAAGACUUCGCUAGGUGGAAGGGCAAUCACAACAUUUCUGUGCUGCGUUUCUCCAUUAGCUUCUGACACUUCCGACACUUUGGCCACUCUCAACUUCGGAGAAAUUGUAAAAGCUGUCAGGAACAGACCUACUAUGAACACUUUUGUUAGAAAACUGAACACUGCUUGUGACGAAAAUGGAACUCGGAAUGUUAACGGAAGCAGUGUGAAGGAACUGUCUGAGAAUAUUUUUGGGAUUGAAUUUGUGAUGGGUCAGUGGAGAAAUUUACUCACUGACGCAGAAGAACUUUUUCAAAAUUUAUCCGAAGGUAAAUCUAUUUCAAGACAAGAAGUUGAGCAAAUUCAGAGGUGGCUGUGUCUGAAGCAGGAAUGCGAGGAAAUUGCCGAGAGCCAGCAAACUGAGAGUCUGAGCAAACUCUUGCAAAAGUCUCUGGACGCAUUAGGACUGAGUGACAUUUCCGAGAAUAGAACCAGCGAGGACGAAACAAAAGCAGAAGCAAACAAUAACAACAAAGCGCCCACCAGCAAAGUCAGGAGCCAGAACAGUGACAGUUCUGACGCCGAGGAAGUGGUUGUCUACAGGGGAGACAUUUUCGAAGGAAAAUCAAGUACCACAACAGGCUCUGACGAUGAAAAAGAGGGCAGAGGGUUGAGCACUCCAGAGCUCCAAUGCAGAAUGCACACUUGCGUCGAGCAAUUCCGUUCAAUGCACAACUCAACCAUUGUGGAAAAUGCCAUGUCAAGCUUGAUUCAAGUUGAAGAAGUCCAGCCAGAGAAAUUUGACUUUAGCUUGCUUUUCAAAGACAGUGUUGAUGUUGAAGAGAAAGAAAGUACAUCUAGAUUAGUAACAAGAAGAAACAGUCUUGUGCCACCUAAAAUUGAAUCUGGCAAAAUGAUGUCUUCUACUGUGUGUGAAGAUAUUGUGAUUAGAAGUCGAGCAACAAGAAACACUCCCCUAACAGAUUCAGACAUCGACGCCAAAAUUAACAAAAAAGAUCUGGAUCCAGUCAAGGCUAAACAAAAUCGACUGAAAAGACUGAUAAUUGAAAUGCAAUCAGCUUACAAAAGAAUUGACGAUCUACAAAAAACUGUGGAACUUAAGGAAGAGCUACUCAAGGAUCUUAUAGCCCAUGCUGACCUCAGACGAUCUUCGAAGCACAAGUUGGAGAUCAAGUACAAAAAAGCCAUGGAAAUGGUUAGCUACUGCAGUGCCAAGUUGGCCCAGGCAGAAAAAUCUGCGGCUGCUGCAAAUCCUCCCAGCAGGCAUCUGCAUGAGAAUGUAGACAAGUGCAAGUCUCUUUGCGAGUACUACAAUGAGCAGCUAGAGGACAUUUCAAAUAUUCACAAGCUUCUUGAAAACACUUCUAAAAAGGCUAUUGACCUUGAGCGAAGUUUGACUAACUCUCGAAGGCAGCUUGAAAAGUUGAAAAGGCAUGUGAGGAAAGAGGAAAAAGUCAAGGAGGCGCUACAGAAAGAGCAGUUGAUGCUGAGAACUGCAAGUCCUCAAAUAAGACCUGAAUCUUGUGGAAUUCCUUUGGAUGAAGAUCUGUCAACUGACGGAUCUGUUGACACUCUAGAGGCCAACGAAGAGUUUGAUAUGGAAGAGGACGAUGUUCCAGCAGCCACACCCGAAAACGAGUCUAACCCACAGUGGCAUCGGAAGGAGAUUUUUAGGUUAAGGAAAACUAAAAAUGCUGUCAUCACAGAUCUCAUUGAACUGAGGCAAAAGCUGAAAGAAACAAAACAGCUGGACAAAAGCGAGCAUUGGAAGCUUUUCGAGCUGGAGGAAGCAAUAGAUGCAAUCGAUGCUACAAUCGAGUUGAAAAAUGAGAUGAUCUGCCGAAAUGGAGUCGAUUUUGCCAGUAAUUACCAAAAAGAUGAGAGCGAGGAAAUGCUUUUAAAGCGACUUUCUGGCCUCACUCUGAAAGAAACCAAAAUGCUUCUUUACAAGUAUUUUAAAAAAUGCAUUGAUAUGAGAGAUGGAGGAAGACAAUUGGCUGCCCAACUAGCUCAGCAGGAUACACAUAGUGAAAUUCUGGCCUGGAAACUCCAUUCUCUUACUUUGCACCUGCACGAAGCUCGGGUGGCUACGGAAAGACAGUUUUUGGCUAAAGAAAUGGACCACCAGGAACAACUACACAAGUUGCUGGUGGCCAUUAGUGACAGCGGACAACACGGUUCCGAGGCUAUGAAAACAGCCAUGGCUACUAGAUUUGAUCUGGAGCUUCGGAAAGGAGACCGAGUUUUGAAAAAGAAGAUGGAAGAGAAAAGACUCAUGCUGCAUACAAGAGGUGGUGGGGCUGGUUCCUCAUCGCAUCACGUUGAAAGAGGUGGUUUCUCAGCCUUGGGAAUUCCUCAUUUGAAUCUCACAGAAUUGCAAGGUGCACUUGCACUUCAGCACCAGCAACAACACGGCCACUCGUCAUCGGGCCAGCAUGUUGUGACCAGGGAAAAAGGAAAACUAGUCAUUCAAAAGAGAAAGGGAAGAGAGUACCAUGACUAAUUUAUAAGUGCCAUUCAAAUAUUUGAUAUUGAAAAUAAAAAAAUUCAAAUUUUUUAAAUGAAAA